AUGGAUACCAUAGAAACUUUUUCCGAAGGUGGUAACGCAAUCAGUUCGAUUGAUACCAAAACCUAUCUCUGUGUCAGUGUUGCCGACGCACCAGUUGAAAUCGUCGAUCCCACAAAUCGUGUCAGUAUGAACGAGACACCCGCCGAUCCAAAACUAUGCGUCCUCUGUAAGGAGAACAAUCACAAGUACAAAUUGAAAUGUUCAAAUGCACAUAAAGCUGACACUAACGAUCAUGAGGAGGAGAAGGAGAAACUUGCUUCUGCCUCUCCUCCUACUGAAAUUUCCUCGCCCAUACUCAAAGAGAAAUCGACAGCUCGGCCCGGAACACUAGCUGCAGCCAACGCCAAAGGUCCAUUCGAAAGUCUGAAUGAUUCGAAGGAACUCAAAGAACUUUUUAUAAGAUACCCAAAUUUGCGCGCACACCUAGAUGCAGUCGAUACCGCAACUCUUCGUCCGACAGGUUCCAGCUCACAUAAAUGGAAUCAAGAUCAAGGGUGGGAGAAGGGGAGGAAUGCUCUAAAGAGCGCAAGAGGGUAUUAUGGAAAAGAUGGCGAAGGCGUGCGGGAGUAUUGUGAACUUGUUCUACGGCUUCUUGGAGAUGAAGAUGAAGAGAGCGAGGAGGCCGCAGCUGAGGUUUUGCGAAAGGAGGCGUUGGCUGAGAGCACCCGGGUUAUUCGAGCAUUAUUGGAAUCCGAGAAGAGAAGGUGA